UAUGUCGAAUUUGCGAUCUGAAAUACUGACACAUGACAUGUCCAACAUUGAGAUAUUAGUGAAUAAUGGCAGUAAGGAACUGUUUGAACUAUUACGUGAUACUAGUAUUGGGAUCCUAGACCUUGGGACGGCUGAUUGUGCCUCAUUAGCAUCCGAGAUUCUUCACACGCUGAAUAAGCUAACUAAGCUUUAUUUGUGGGGAACCUAUACGGGUAGAUGUGAUCUGAGACUGCCUGCGUCAUUGCAAUGUAUUUGUCUCGUGGAUGUCAAAUGUUCAUCUGAAUGGCUGUGCAGCUUGUUGAUCACGCUCUCUUCAUUAGAUCAUCCUGUCGAGUGUGUGUUGUGGGAUGUUGCAUGGCAGUCAAGUAAAGAAGCCCGGGGAAAGAAAUCACAAUGUUCAACAAAUGUUAAAGCUGAUGUUAAUGAUAGUUCGAAUACGAAUGUGUCUGAUUUACAUACACAAAUGUUGUCAUGUGACAUGUCGAACAUUGAACUACGCGUCUUAAAAUUCCAAAAAGAGCUGUUUGAAAUGUUGCGAGGCACGAGUAUAAGAAGCGUGCAGCUUCAGGCUUUUGACGAUGUUUCACUGACAUUUUUGACACAAAACACGUUACCAGCGUUUACGGAAAUUCGAUUACAAGGGACUUACUUGAAUGAUUUUAAUCACACAUUACCAUCGACUCUUCAAUUAAUUAUUUUACAAGAAGGAUCAUGCUCAUCAGAUUGGCUGUACAGUUUGAUGUUAAAACUUUCAACGCUUAAUCAUGCAGUGCGCGUCUACUUAGCUAAAUACAUCGUUUUACAGAGGCGUGAGGCGAUUGGGAAAUACCCCGAACCGCUAAUGCGAGGUGCAGAUUUGUCAAGUGUUAAGUUGGAAGUAUUAAAGGAUUGUCCUGGAUUGUAUGAAACAUUACCCACAAUGCAUAUAACCAGUCUGAACAUGACUAAAAUAGAACACACCGACCUGCUGUCACAGACACUGCCCCUUCUCACCCACUUGCAGCAGCUAAGGAUUUGUUUGAACAAGUAUGAUAUGGAGAUGAAACUGCCAGAAUGUGUUAAGUAUGUGUUUAUAAUUUAUAAAACAUUGUCCCCAUCAUCACUCCAACAAUAUGUGAAUAAUCUGUCUACUAUCAAACAUAGUGUACAGUGUAAACUGCUGAUCCGUAUGGAAGAGAAUGACGAUGAAUAUACGAGAAUCAAGCAAAACUUUUGUGAAUUAAAAUCAGUUAAUGUCGAACAGUUUGAAAUUGUGAACAAAAAGGGUACUGUUCGUAGAGCUGCUGCUCUUACACUAUCUGCUACUGCUGAUGAUUGCGAUGACGAUUACGACAAACAUUUACUCCGACGAGAGGGAGAUUACGUUGAUUCGAAACCAUGGAUUCACUAUUGUAAAAUUCGUCUGAACAUUUUGUUCACAGACGCCUGUGGAGUGAGUUCUUAAACUCGUGCGUUUUCAACGUAUCGUGUAAUUUUAUCGCUUGUUGUACCAACUUUAAAAGGGAUAAAAAGGUAUAUAAUAUAUCGUGUAAAAUUGUAUUUUCCAGUGAUAAAGUCUGUAUUUAAUAUUCGUAUUUUUUGCUACAAAAAGGUUUGCUAAUCGUACAUUCAUUUAAUUUAUUUUUUAAAGUUUUAUUUUUGAAAAUGUAUGCGUUUGAGAUAAGUCACAUUUGACAAUUUGUAAGUUGGAAAUAUACUUCCCCAUAUUAUUAUACAAAAUUAAUUAAACGUUAUUCUCAUAUUGAAAUAAUCAGCAUUUUUAAUGAUAAUAUAUGAAAUCCAAACGAGUGUACAUGAAACCAAAUUGUCAAACUUUAACAUGACACAAAACCAAGGCCAUUAAACACCACAAAAAAAACAAGGCCAUUAACCAACACCAAGAAAUUCUUGAUUCAAAUGUGUCAUUUACUUCAAAGACGUGUUUGUGCAUCGUGCUUUAAACCUUGGUCAUCAUCCCGGGCAACAAAUUAAGGAGCAAAGGAGUCAACCAAUGGUUGUCAUUGGUAUAAUCAAGUAUUCAGCCCAAAGAAUGGUCGCCAACGUUGGCAACUACGCUUUAGUCAUCUAUCGGGUUGCCACGUCGAAAGCGCAAACAACGGUCGAUAACGUGGAUUACUAGGUCAGCAGUGCCACCCAUAGUCAUCUCGCGGUUUACCAAGUUAGUAGCUUAAACCAUUGACCUUACGCGGAAUUGCCUGGUCAGAAGCGCAAACAACGUUCGUCAAUCUAUUUACCUAGUGAGCAGCUCAAACUAAUCUUGACAUUGAGGGUAACCAAGUCAGAAGCGCAAAACAGAAGUAAUCGCUGGUAAUACCGUCAACACCCCAAACAAAUGGUCAUCAUCUCGGAUUAUGCCGUCAGCAACGCACACCAUGGUCGUCAUCGUGGGUUAUACCGUCAGUAGCGCACACCAUGGUCGUCAUCGUGGGUUAUACCUUCAACAACGCACACCAUGGUCGUCAUCACGGGUUUUACCGUCAGCCGGGCAUAUCCUGGUCGUCAUCGUGGGUUAUUACGUAAGUAGCGCACACCCUGGUCGUCAUCGUUGGUUAUACCGUAAGCAGCGCACAUUCUGGCCAUCAUCUCGGGUUAUACCGUCAAUAACGUACACCCUGAUCAUCAUCGCCGGUUAAACCGUCAGCAGCGCACACAUUGGUCAUCAUCGCGGGUUAUACCGUAAGUAGCGCACACCCUGGUCGUCAUCGUGGGUUAUACCGUCAGCAGCGCACAUCCUGGUUGUGAUAAUGGGUUAUACCGUCAGCAGCGCACACCAUGGUGAUCAUCGCGAGUUAUACCGUCAACAGCGCACACCCUGGUCAACAUCGCGGGUUAAACCGUCAGCAGCUCACACAUUGUUCAUCAUCGGGAGUUUUACCGUCAGCAGCGAACAUAUUGGUCAUCAUCGCGGGUCAUACCGUCAGCAGCGCACACCCUAGUCAUCAUCGCGGGUUUUACCGCCAACAGUUAAAACAAUUGUCGUCAUCGUGAUGAUAUCAGUCAGUAGCCCAAACAAUGAUAGUCAUUGCGGGAUUUACCGUUAGAAGCGCACACAAUUUUCGUCAUCCAGGGUUUUACCGUCAGCACCGUAAACUACGGUCGUCAUCGUGUGUUCAACCGUCAGCAGCGCACGCCAUUUACGUUAUCGAAGGUUAUACCGUCAGCAGCGGAAACCAUGGUCAUCAUCGCGGGUUAUACAGUCAGAAGCGAACACCAUUUUUGUCAUCGCAGCUUAUACCGUCAGUAGCGCACACCAUUUUGUCAUCGCAGGUUAUACAAAAGCACCGCUCACCAUGAACAUUAUCGCGGGUUAUAACGUAAACUGUGCUUAUCAUGGUCGUUAUCGCGGGUAAUAACGUAAGCAGUGCUCAGCAUGAUCGUCAUUGCCUUCGCAAAGUAAGGUCCACGUCGCGGGAUGCAAAGUCAAUAACAAAAAUCAUGGUCAUCAUAGCGAUGUUUCCAAGUCAGCGCCGCUCGAUUGCUCAAAGCUGCAAGAACGUGCGUCCUUGAGCCCGCAGUUUCUAAGAUUCACAAGAGCAGGAACGACAACUCUGCAGUUAGAUUGUGCUCCGCCGUGGUCUCAGGAGUACAAUUAAUAAGAAGUGUCAAGGGACCCUGAUUGAGGAUAAAAUACCGCACACGAAUAAGGAUCACCGCACGUUUUACUGCACUGUGUCAAGAGACCCUGAAUGAAGAUGUAAUACCGCACAAAGAAUAAGGCUCACCGCACGUUUUACUGAACUGUGUCAAAGGACCCUGAUUGAGGAUGUAAUACCGCACAAAGGAUAAGGAUCACCGCACGUUUUACUGAAAUGUGUCGAGGGACCCUGAUUGAAGAUGUAAUGCCGCACCAAGAAUAAGGAUCACCGCACGUUUUACUGAUUUGUGUCAAGGGACCCUGAUUGAGGAUGUAAUCCCGCGCCAAGAAUAAGGAUCACCGCACGUUUUACUGAACUGUGUCAAGGGACCCUGAUUAAGGAUGUAAUACCGCACCAAGGAUAAGGAUCACCGCACGUUUUACUGCACUGUGUCAAGGGACCCUGAUUGAAGAUGUAAUACCGCACCAAGAAUAAUGAUAACCGCAUGUGUUACUGCACUGUGUCAAGGGGCCCUGAUUUAGACUAUAAUACCGCACCACGGAUAAUGCUUACUGCACGAUUUACUGCACUGUGUCAAGGGACACUGAUUGAAGAUGUCAUACCGCACUAAGAAUAAGGAUCACCGCACGUUUUACUGCACUGUAACAAGGGACCCUGAUUGAGACUGUACUACCGCACCAAGAAUAAGGAUCACCGCACGUUUUACUGUACUGUGUCAAGGGACCCUGAUUGAGGACGUAAUACCGCACCAAGAAUAAGGAUCACCGCAUGUUUUACUGCACUGUGUCAAGGGAUCCUGAUCGAGAAUGUAAUACCGCACCAAGAAUAAGGCUCACCGCACGUUUUACUGCACUGUGUCAAGGGACCCUGAUUGAGGAUGUAAUACCGCACAUAGAAUAAGGAUCACCGCACAUUUUACUGCACUGUGUCAAGGGACUCUGAUUGAGGAUGUAAUACGGCACCAAGAAUAAGGAUCACCGCACGUUUUACUGCACUGUGUUAAGGGACCCUGAUCGAGAAUGUAAUACCGCACCAAGAAUAAGGAUCACCGCACGUUUUACUGCACUGUGUCAAGGGACCCUGAUUGAGACUGUAAUACCGCACCAAGGAUAAGGAUCACCGCACGUUUUACUGCACUGUGUCAAGGGGCCCUGAUUUAGACUAUAAUACCGCACCAAGGAUAAGGCUCACUGCACAUUUUACUGCACUGUGUCAAGGGACCCUAAAUGAGACUGUAAUACCGCACAAAGCAUAAGGAUCACCGCACGUUUUACUGCAUUGUGUCAAGGGACCCUGAUUGAGACUGUAAUAUCGAACCAAGGAUGAGACUUACUGCACGUCUUACUGCACUGUAACAAGGGACCCUUAAUGAGGAUGUAAUACCGCAUCAAGAAUAAGGCUCACCGCACGUUUUACUGCACUGCCCGUUUCGUUCUAGUCUGUAUUGUAACGUAGUAUCCCAGCGAUGGAGAAGAAAAACAGCUCUGCUGUACAUACUAGUUAACGUUUAAGGAGCAGGUUAUCCAUGUCUUGAUGGUUUCUUCCUGUUUCCGAUGACUGCAGUCAGCGCCAAUACUUUCUCAUCAUGAAGCGUUCAUUGAACUUGGUAAUUUUUAUUUAAGUUUUGUCGGGAUUUGAUUAACGCUUUAUUUUGUACCGUUAUUAUUUACGUAAAGCACGAUAUUUUACACUGUUAAUUCGUAAUGUUGAUAGACACUUUCGUAUAUGAUUUACUACACGAUAACAUUUGACAAUCGUUUGUGGAUGUUUUUUUGGGUUUCCAAAAUAAUUUAUAUCUGUAAAUAUAAAGCUGAAAAUAGCGGUAUUGGUUCACUGUGUAAGUCAUUUAGAAUAACAAAAGUGUAACUAUCUUAUUCAAAUUACGUUUUCACGUCGAUAUUUUUCGUAUUAUCUUUAUGCAACUCUUUUUCCUAUGUUUCACAUUGAAGAGAUCCCGCAACGCAAUAUACAUAAUGAUGCACGUGCAUAGUGGUAUAGCUGCAUUUGUAAAUAAUUUGUUUGCACAUGUAUAUUUGUUUUGUUUUUUUUACAGCGGUUAAGGCAAAAAAUGUUUUCAUUUUCCGUGUGACCGCCAUGGUUAUGGUUUUGAUUUUGUAUAGUUCAGAUAUUACCAUUUGCCUCGUGAAUUGAUGUAAAUAACAUAAUAUUAUUUCAUUUUAUUUCCUCCUUUCGAAUGAUCUUGCAAAUACCUUGUACUGAUAUUAAAUAACAUGCACAUAGAAUGUAAAUGCAUUCAUGCAUAAAUAGUGUUGUUGUACAUACAUAUUUUUAUAACCUGUUUGCAAGAAUAUUCAUUUCACAUUUAAUUUCAACCUACUAUUGUAAGUCGAUUAAUGCAAACAUAAUGAUCGAUUCAAGUUCGAAGAAACUGUUCUGAAUACUGUAAAAUAUUAUUUGCUCAGAUUUAUGCCAUUAUAAGAGUCAAUUCAAUAAUGCAGAAAUGGUUCUUAUGAUUAUAUUAUUGAUACGAAAUACACACUAGUUCUUGAAAUUUCAAACCAAUAUAAAAAUCACAAAAUGUACUUAUAGUACAUGCAUUUUUAACGCAUUUCAUAGUAAAAAUCCAUCGUGUUAAGUACAAUUAUUUUAAUGAUAAUAAUCAUUCUUUUUUUAAUUCAUAAAUGACGAUGGAACGUUACUUUAUAAAUAUAGAUUUUCUUCAAAUAUAACAAAACGUAGAUGUAUUAUAUAAUGUCUUUAAUUUGUUGUUUGUGCUAAUAUAAUUGUUGUUUUACGGGUUGUAAAUACGCUGCAAUGUAAGAAUCGAUCAGUACAGUAUGGUAUGCUAACGUGGCAUAUGACUGCUUCUAUUGACCGAACAUAUAAACAUACCGCUAUAGCCUUAUUGUAAGAUUGCUUAAGAAGCUCUGUAAGCAACAACGCAGUUCGCGAUUUAAUCGUAUCAUAUGUUUAAGUUCAUUAUAUAAUCGAACUUAUUUCAUUUAUAUAAAUGUUUAGCAUGUCAAAUAUCGUUUCGGCGAAUGAUGCUUUACACUAUGCAAAGAGCCAUUUAAAUUUAUUUGCCGAAUAUAUAUAUAUAUAAAUUAAGUGUGUAUUUGUGUGGUUAUCUCUCCGAAAUUCCGUCUGUAGUACAAUAUGAUGUAAAGCUAUUAUUUUAAUGUCAAUGAACAUUUAUCGUUGAAUUAAUGUAUUGUUCAAUGCACGCUAUCAAUUAAUUGAACGUGGAACUGUUGAUUGAAAUUAAGACGAGUCAUCAUGAAAUCAUUAAAUUGUGUUUAACAAAACAAAGCGUACAUUAAAUGAAUGUGAGUGCGUUGCUAACAUUUUCUAAAUACUAUUGUUGACUUAACCAGGAAGCUAAUGACAAAAUGUUGUUUUACAAACUUGCAUUUAACAGCACAUUAUUGCUCUUUUCUCAGUGUACAGACUAUAAUGUUGAUAUGUAUUGUAAACCUGUAACGGAAGGACAUGUUGAACGCUCGUAAGUGUAUAUGCUAUUUCACCAAUGCCUUCGUUGUACACGCUAUGUAUGAAUAUUAAGUAAUGAUAUUAUAAUGUAGUUGGUAUACAUUACAUUUAAUUGUUUUCUUUUUGAAAUAUUAAUGAUGUUAUUUUUGCUGUUGUUUUUGUAUUACUGUUGUGAUUUUACAGUAAUUAAUUAAACACUGUUCAAAUGCAUCAUGACAUGCCUUUUAAACAUAUAGGGCAAUGUUUGUACCGGUUUAAAUUUUAGUCUUCAAUACUAUAUCUUACGUUGUCCAUACGUAUGCUAGUACCCGUAACUAUGUAACGCUAAGUCUUUUUAUUCUGUAUAAUAUAAGGUAUCCUUAUUUCGGAAAGAAACGCUUUUACUAAUUGUACAGCAAUUUGGGCAUAUGUUAUGAUAGAAACCGGCUAUGUAUUGACCUGAUGUUAGUUAUGCUUACAUAGUAAUGAAUGUAUGAAAACAAUGUUUUGUAAUAUUGCUUGUCCAUAAUAUCUCGUUUUUACAAAACAAUGAUAUACUAGACGGUUACCUUUUUAUAUUUGUAAAUGUUGCAUGUGUGUUUUGUUUAUUUAUUUAUCAAAAUAUUAGAGUACUAACCUGCCAGUUGAGUCGAACAAGUUAACGAUACACGUCUAUUAUUGCAAGUUACUUGUUCAAAACUGGGACUAAGUUAAUGCAGAGUUGUAGUAUCAUAGCCAAACAUAUUAGAUUUAGCUCACCUGAGCAAAAUAUGAUCAUGGUAAUCUUGUGUGAUCGUGGUUUGUCCGUUACGCGUCGUGCGUCGCCCAUCGUAUGUCAUCAGUCAUACAUACAACAUAUACGUUGUUAAAACUAUUAGUGUGCCAUAUUAAGUUACUUAAUUCUUCAUGAAAGUUGGUCAGAGCAUUUGUCAAAAUUAUAUCUAAGCCGAGAUCAAAACUUAACGGUAGUCAUGUUGGGUUAAAAGUAGCUUACUGUCAUAUUGGAAAAAACGCUUGUCAACACAUAAAAAGUUACAUUAAGGUAGAAUCUUCAAGAACUUUUGUCAGAACAUUUGUUCUAGUGACGUCUUGGCUUUGAGUGGCAAUGGUUCCUGUUGGUCGAAAAACAUGGCCCCCAGGGAACGUGGCAGUUUUUCCUUAUUUCGCUUUCAUGUGAUCUUGUUAAUACUCUAGAUGCCACAGGAGUAGUCAAAUCGUCAAGAACAUUUGUUGUAAUGAUAUCUCGGCCGAAUGGGACAUGUUUUCCGAUGCUAUGAAAAACAUUGCCGCCAGUUUUCCUUAUGUUGCUAAGUGUAACAUCGUUAAGACUCUAUUGGUCACAACUAAAUCCACUUUUUAUGAAACUGGAUGAGAAUAUUUGUCCCAAUGAAAUCUCGGCUGAGUUUGAAACUGGAUUACGUAAGUUUAAAAGUUGGUCACCAGGUCAAUUUAAAAAAAGCUUGUUAAUAUUCUUAAAGCCAUUUUUCCCCAAUCUUUCUUAAACUUGGUCAUAUAUGUGUUCUGAUGAUAUCUCAGCGGGCUUCGGCAAUGGUACUGUCCGUUGAAAAAUAUGGUGGACAUGAGGUAAGGCAGCUUCCCUUUUAUGGCUUUCGUGGAACCUUUUAUUAGUAACAGUUUUAAUCACAUCUGUCCUUAUGAUAUAUUGGCAGAGUUCUUGUCAGGUAAAAACUUAUGUCACUACGUGAAAAAAGCUAUAGAAGUCAAAUAUCAAGUAGAAUCGUCAUGAAACUUGAUCAGAACAUUUGUUCUUAUACAAUUCUCAGCCAAGUUUCAAAAUAAAAGGAUGUAUGCACAUUUUAUAUUCAUGUUUUGUAAAGUACGUGUAUUAUUCUGAACUCCACCUUCUCAGAAUUGUUUAGAUUUUUAAAUCUCAAAUUUUUGGAAAAAGACUGAUAAAUCACAAGGUUAGCGUGAGCUACGACAUCAGAAUAUGUGUCGCACAUAAACACGGACAUACUUAGCUUACAGACGGAAAAUGAAAUGAUUGUUUAAGCUGUAAGCGACAGUGAACGCUCAAGUCGUUAUUCGUGGUGUUUUUCUUCAGAAAUAUGGUAUUGAAUAUGCUAAACAUGUAAUUUAUAACAUGUGAUGGAUCAGAUGAACGUAUUAAGUCUUGAAUAACGACUUGAUCUAUACUUAAUAACAUUCAUACGUUUUAUGUUUGUCUUAACGCAAGUCUUAAGAAAUGAAAUCAUAUGUGAAAUGAUACAACAAUGUUAUAACCAAAUAUUUGAAUUUUAAAUUUGAUAGUUGAAAUGACAAGAUGGCCUCUCGUAUUGAUUUUUAUUUCACUGUUAAGUGAUACUGUUAGAUUAAAUAAUUGUUUAUUUCAGACAAAACUCUAUGUAUUGAAAUCGAUGCAAGUAAACAGACGUUAAUUGGCAUAAUGAAUUACAUAUAAUAUGUAUAUGGAAUUUUUAUGACAUCAUAUGAACAAGUAUCUUUACAAGGGUUUUCAUUGUAUUCUGUAUGUGAUCGUAUGUUGAGACUUGAUUCUAGUUAGAGUAUUUAUGAUUCACCAGAACAACAUUCUGCAUUAAGCAUUUAACAAACACACACAUCAGUGAAUAAAUAACUAGUAAAAAUG